ACAAGACCACACCACUGCACAUGCCUCACCAUCGCGCCACCGUUCCAGGCCGCCCCUCGUCGAGGUGCAGGCACCAAGAGCUCCGCCUCGUCGUCCUCAUCAUCUUCCCCGAAAGAAUCGAGCUCGAACGCCCCAAAUCGACGACACGGUCGCCGAUACCUAACUCCAGCCGCCGGUCAAUUUCGUCUAUUUUGGCCACCUCUGUCCUCCCCGCCAUCUCCGGCCACAUGUACACGUUCAGGGUCGUCGUUGCCGGCGCAACUCCGGUGACUACCCAAGCCAAGUCCUCCCCUUCCUACCUCCCUGGUGUCUACCGCGUCGAGCGCGCCUCUUCCCCGAGCCCCUCGCGCCUCCUCCGUCAGAUUGUUGCUCGACGUGAGUUCCGCCAUGGACGUCAUAUCUGAGCUCUUUUUUGUUCAAGUCGCUGCGCCCUGCACAUGUCCAACUCCACCAGGACCAUCUCGGUGAGCUCCUCGUUCCAUCCUCCUCUUUUCCUUAUCUCAAAUCAUGCAUCGAACACAGUCGUCGUUUCUGAACAUCGUCGCCAAGUGCUCAAAAAUGUUUGGGUUCAGUUAAAAGUCUCCCGCGCCUGCGCACGCACCAGCUGCCCCUGUUGGUCUUCAUCGCCUGAACCAUCGUCUCCGUUAUCUCUUCCGUGUCCUUGUGCAUCUCCAGGUCCGGCUCGUAUGCCCCAGCAGAGAUGGUUCCAAAACUGUUCACACCUGUACAUGUUCAGGCUCAGCUGCCUUGCAGCAUGUUGCCGUUUCGCAUGCAAGCGGACAGUGCUGUUUUUGUUUCCACGCAGUACAUGCUCCCAUCGACCCGCAAGUGCAGAGUCCAAUUUUC